GGCGUACCUAUUUGCAUUGACCUCAAGUCGGCCUCAAGUCGACCCGCGGCCCUAUGUGCGUCUCGUACCAACGCAUAGGUACGACGCAUACACAGGAAGCAAUGAACGAUUUCCAGCAUCUUAUAUUUCGCCGUUAAAAUUUUUAGUGAUUUUGACGAUACCGAUGACCCGUGACAUUUCCAUUGCAUGAUUUAUCGUUCACUUAACCGUUAGCCACGUGUAAGCGCGACUUUGCCUGCUCAGUUAUUCAUUUUUCUUGGUCUGGUGGUGACUCGGAGCGAGCUCGGCGUGUGUGGUAAGCGGCCGUUGCUAGCUGAAGCACGACCCGUCCGCCCCCGCCGCGGACCGGAUGGCCAGACCUGGAGCGGACAGCUGCCCUGCGGGACUGUGGGCGGCCGCAAACUUGGAGUCCCGCGCGGCUCCCGGCGCCGGCUGUGUCGUGUUGCCAGGCUGUGGGCGAGCGCCGGCUCCGCUGAGCAGUCUGUCUGCCGUCUGCCCACUCAGACUGUCGGGCGUGGCUGUAACACGCUUAUGGGAGCCGCGAUGGUGUCCGACAGGUGCUGCGCCCACGCAUGUCUCAUUUGCUGGCCAAAUUGAACGUCUCUCGUCGUCUGGCGCAGUACGGGUAUUGGAGCGUGAAUUCAAACGGACGGUUGGGCCGUGGAGUCAGACUGGCGAGGCGUCGAGUCAGACUGGCUGAACAUGAAGUAUGACUCAUGACUUACGGGUGGCUAGUGGACUGACUACACGCAUGUAAAUGCCUCGAGACGGGGGACGCCAGGACGUCGAUCUAGACUUGCGACAUUCUACGAAAGAAACGUGUCUGUCCACCCCUCACGGCUCACAGACACUUUGUGACAGCACUUGUUCAACCAUUAGCGUUACCAUGCGCUGAGGUCAUGUUUAUUUUGGUGGCUGUUUUAUGUCUCGCCGCGCCACGUGGCGACUGUCGUAUAUGAACCGUUAGGACGGCGCCGGUCGGCGGCCGGCCUGUAGAGGAGGGUGUCUGGGCGUCUGUUCGUCGCCGUCUCCCGGUCAGGCCUGUGCGAGCCCAGUCCGCUCCAGUGCUGAGAACAUCAGAGUCGCUAAGCGAAAGCACGAUGGCUGCACGGUUUUUCGAGGGUACGAACCACGCGGAGCUCUACGUGCGCUACCGGCCCGCCACUCCUUCCACGCUGGUCCAGCUGGUGUGCGACUACAUCAAAGAGAAGGUGCCCGGCCCGCUGCGGCAGGCCGUGGACGUCGGCUGCGGCUCCGGCCAGGGCACGCAGCUGCUGGCGCCGCACUUUGAGCGCGUGCUGGGCACGGACGUCAGCCCGGCGCAGGUGGCCAAGGCAGAGGCCGCCCCCGGGGCCGUCAACAUCGCGUACAGUGUAUCCCCGGCAGAGGCUAUCGCCCUGCCGUCGCACAGCUGUGACCUGGUGAUGGCCGUCCAGGCGUGCCAUUGGUUCGACAUGAGCACCUUCCUACCGGAGUCGGCGCGGGUGCUCAGACCGGGCGGCGCCCUGGCUCUGGUCGGCUAUAGACUGCCGGCGCCGGUCUGGCAGGGCCGGGAGAGAGAGGACGUCAGGGAACUCCUGGCUGAGUCGUACGUGUCGGGUCUGGCGGGCUGGAUCCAGCAGGGCAGCGUGGACACCUACAUCAACGGAUACUCGGACAGCAGGUUCACGUCGCCGCUGGAAGACCACAGGAGGGACGAGUCGACCUUCUGUGACCUGGACGGCACGGUCGCCGACAUGGUUGGCUACUGCAGCACUUGGUCGGGGUUCCAGAACAUGGUAGCUGACAAGGGCCAGGAGGCCGGACAAAAGUUCCUGGAUGACAUUCAGAACAGAGUUCUCGCUCUGCUGGGUGACGGUGCCACUCCGGAAAGUUCCAUCGUGAUCCGGUUUCGCUACUUCGUCCUUCUGAGCCGAAAACCAGUGGAUACCAAGUAACGAUAGAACGGUCAUCGCAACGUGCAGAUGGGAUGCAAUCAAGGCAUGAUUUGUACAACUUGUGUCCGUUGCCUGACAAAGCUAGGGUAGUUGACACGCCCGAUAUCAUUAUCAGGUUAAAAAUGAAAUUGACAUAUAGGUAUUAAGUAUGUGCAUUGCACUUAACCAGGUAUGUCCUUACACUUUGCGAUCGAAGGGUAAUGCCGCUACGAAUAGCACGCCCCAUUUUUUGCAUUUUUUCUGCUUUUUCGCUUUGUAUGCCAGCUCGUCAUGACAUCUCGCCAACUGUCACGGAAGACAAUGAACAAAUAUAACGUGUAUUAAAAAACAAUAAUAAAUAACAAUACACGUCGAAGUGAGAUUGCA